AUGGAGAAAGGAAAGGGAGUGUCCAGAAAAGGUCGGAAGCUGGCAUCCAGCCGCCGGAGGCAGGCACGAGAACCAGCUGACGGUCAGGAUGCCCUGGUGGCUGCUCCGGAGGCUGAGUCCUGGCCCUCUGACGCUGAUGCAGAGCUUCAGGGCUUUUUCCAGGACUGCGGAGCCAAGGAGAGGGGCUUUGUCACCCGGGAGGAUCUAGCGGAGGCCAGGUUCAGCUUCCUGGGUGGCAAGGAGCCACAGAUGAUAUUUGACUGGGUGGACGUCGAGAGUAGGGGCUGCCUGUCAAUGGAAGAAUUCAGCUCUGGACUCAAAAAUGUCUUUGGCUCCAGCCCUGGUACCCACAGACUCCGCACAAAGCGGUCAUUGCCCUCUCAACGGCUAUCUGUGACCUCCAACUUCCCUGUCCUCGAGGAGGCUGAUGCUGAGGAGAAGGAGGCCUUCCUGGCCCUUGUAGGGCAGAUGGAGACCGGCCACUCCUUUUCUGAGCAGGCUGAGAUCUGGAAGCUGUGGAGAGAGUUGCGGCAGGAGGAGCCCCAGUUGGCAGGCAACUUGGAGGGCUUCCUGGCUAAGAUGAGCAGCCGCCUGCAGGAGGCUCGGGCCGACCGGGAGGCACUGGCAUGGACCCUGAGAAAGCGAGACUCUGACCAUCUCCACAAAGUGAGACAGCUCUACGAGGAGACAGAGGAGCAGAUCCGAAGGGAGAAGCAGCAGCUGCAGGCCCAGAGCGACUCCCGGGACAUGGCCCUCAGUGCCCACAUGCAGGAGGCUCUGGAGGCCAAGGAAGAAGAGGUUCGGCGGCUUGCAGAGGGCCAGAAAGAGUUGGAGGCUCAGCUCCUUCACCUCAGCAGCACACAGCAAGAGGCCAGCUGGGAGAACCUGCAGCUCCGGGAGGCUGAGCGUGACCUGGCCGGGCAGCUAGAAGAGGUGCGGGGACAGCUGCAGGUGACAAGAGGACACUUGGAUACUGCCAGGACCAGGGGCCGAGUGUCCUGGCAGAUAGAGGAAGAGCCAAGUGUCCCCAGGGCAAAUAAGGAGGCCCCAGACCCUCAGGCUGUCCCCACAGAGGAGGCCCCACUGCCUGAGCUGUUUGGGGAUAAUGAUGACUGGAACCAGCUCCUCCACAGCUUCGAAGACCAUUCCCACAGAACCCUGCGUCUUUGCUGGAGCCCACCCCCAAGCCCGAGUAGCACCUCCACCCCCCAGACUCCCCGCAUUGUUAGACAGAUCUCCAUUUCCAAAACUGCUCUGCAGUUUUCUCAGGAGCCAGGCUCAGAUCCAGACCCAGAGGUGUCCCCUGGUGGUGCCAGAGAAAGAAAAGAGGUGGAGGACCCCAAGGGGCAGGAUGGACAGGAUGGACAGGAUGGACAGGAUAUCAGUUCUAAGCAGACUGUGGACUCCCCUGACUUAGAUGCCAGACCCAAGGGCCCCUUCCUCUGGAGUCUACCAGGAGCCCCGACUGGGGAGUCUGAGAAUGUUAAAGCAGCUUUCGGAGUUCUGCUUGCUUCUGAGGCUGAGCCUCCUCCUCAGGGACUCUCUUCUCCUCCUCUGUCCCCAACUGGGUCCAGAAAACAGACCCAGACUCCAGAUCUUGGUGACAGCAAACUUUGGUCUCCACCUGAGGCAGCCAAACUGUCCAUAGAAAAAGAGGUCAUGACGGAGGACCUGAAGCUGGGCUUGGGAUAUCAGGGAGCCACAGCUUUUCCUGAGGGGACUACAGAACCCUCCCUGAGCCUGGAGUCUGUGGACCACGUAGGCACAGAGAGACCAGUGCAGGAUGAGGCACAUCUGGCUAGGCAGGAGAGUCAUCCUAGGGGCUUCCAAGAAGCCCAGGGCCAAGUUCUUAGUCUGGAUAGUCUGUCUACCCACCUCCCCCUAAGUCUAGAAGAGCAGCUCAGGCCUGAGGAAGGAAACUUAGGAGAGAGAGGCCAGCAGGACCCGGGGCCUGCAGAAGCCAGUGAGGCCCAUGGCCUGGAAGCCAGGAACACAGAAUCACCCCAGCAAGGUGAUCCCCUGUCUAACACAUCACAGGCUCCUACUGAGAGAGAAGUCCCUGUUUCUGGCCAAAUGUCUCCUCCAAGGGGUUCUCCCAUCUUGGGGGCUGGGGCUGGGCUUGCAGUGGGAGCCCCAGAGACCACAAAAACUCUCCUAACCUUGGCUGAGUCAGAAGUCCAGCCCAGGCCCGUGUUCAUGCCUGUUCAGGUGGAGAGGAAAUCAGGCACCCCUCAGCCCAGAGAGCCAGGGGCAGAGAGCAGGUUGGAAGACCCAAGAACAGACUUACGGGAGGCUGAACAGAGCUCUUCCCCUGGCGACCGCACUGAUGCCAAGCCUCAAGCUGACCCGGACUACCUCUACCAUGUCAUCUUCUUGGGGGACUCCAAUGUGGGCAAGACCUCAUUCCUACACCUGUUACAUCAUGAUGCUUUUGCCACCGGGCUGACAGCCACUGUAGGAGUGGAUUUUCGUGUCAAAAACCUGCAGGUAGACAAUAAAACCUUCGCCCUGCAGCUGUGGGACACAGCCGGACAAGAGAGGUACCACAGCCUCACGCGGCAGCUGCUUCGCAAGGCGGAGGGGGUGGUGCUCAUGUAUGAUGUCACCUCCCAAGAGAGCUUCACCCACGUGCGUUACUGGCUGGACUGUCUGCAGGAUGCAGGUGUAGAGGGUGUGGCCAUGGUCCUGCUGGGAAACAAGAUGGACUGUGAGGAGAAGAGGCAGGUACCCACUGAAGCUGGCAGAAGACUCGCCCAGGAGCUGGGGGUCUCCUUUGGUGAGUGCAGCGCGGCCCUGGGUCACAACAUCCUGGAGCCUAUGAUGAACCUGGCUCGGUCACUUAAGAUGCAGGAAGACCGCCUGAAGGCCUCGCUGGUGGAAGUGACCCGCCCGCAGCCACCCAAGAGAGCUGGCUGCUGCCCCUGA